CAUUCGUUUAAACGGUAGACUGGCCGUUUCCGCGAUCUCUCCCCGAACAUCGAUGCGGUAUCGUGGCACGAUCUCGACAAAUUAUUCGGUAGUUAUCGCCCUCCCCAUUAUGGACGACACUAGAUUGUACAAGUACUAUCGAACAUCCGGAUAUGGUUUGAAUUCGCUGAUAUACCGAUUUCUCAUCGCUGAUUAUAAUCUAAGACGAUUCUUCAAUUUAAGUGCUUAUUGCGGAGCGGUGACUUUUGUUACUUUCAUCUUCGUAGUAAUUAUGGCCGCCUGUUCGAUAGCGGGUUUAAAUAUGGUGACGUUAAACGAUACACUUUUUCGUGAAUUGUUCGAAAAAGCGGAGAAGAAGUUACCACGAAUGGAAAGUGUCGUUAGCAUCAUACCUCCAUAUAAAUGUAUUCACAAGCAUUUACAACGAAUGAACGUGUUUCAAGAAAAAACGAAGAAAAUGCUACGCAAAGAGCAAUUGGAAUUGGAAAUAAUGAACAGCAAAAUGUCGUGUAUCGAGAAGUUAUUGAAGCCCGAGGAACAAUCCGAGUGGCGUCGUAGUAGAUCACCAAAGGUAUAUCAUCGCUCUAUUAACGUAGAAGCAUCAAAGUAGCAAGUGAAAAAGAAGACAUUUAU